AUGAUUAUUUUCCAGGUUCUUAAACCGGUAAUUGAAAAGAAGAGGCGUGAUAGGAUAAACCAACGGUUGGAUGAGCUAAGGACUAUACUGCUAAGGAACACUUCUGACAUGCGGCUGAAAAAUCCAAAAUUGGAAAAAGCUGAAAUAUUAGAGUUGACUGUCGAUUACAUACGAAGAAAAGCAAAUGGGAACGACAGAAAAGCCCUUUCAGAAAAUCAUGUGAAAGAGUCCUCUGCUCCAGUGACUAGUGCUGUGAGUUCCAAAAGGACAGGCCUCAUACAUGAGCACACACAGCCCCCACCCAACCCCAUCUACAGUGCAGGUUUCAGAGAAUGCAUCUCCCGCCUGGGCAACUACAUUGACAGCGUGGACCCCUCCCAGAGAGAGAGCUUUGUCCAGGAACUGAGGGACCACCUGGAUGCCCACAGUGCCUGCCCUCUGGGGAGGGUGCAUAGCCAAACCUUUCCCCUGGACCUCCAGCCCUGGGGCUCUGGAGCAGAAGGACAAUGCUUACUGGGCAGAGUUCAGAACAGGAAGGAAAGUACAGGGAUGGGUCAUCAACGAGCCAGCAGGGAGGCCACCUUCCCCUACAUCAACACCUCUCUUCCCACCUAUCCCAACACCUUUGUACUCCACCACCCCCACCCUACCCAACACCUCUCACACCCAUACCCAUCUCCUCCUUACUCCCUCUCCCCCCCACCCUCCCCUUCUUACUCCAGCUCCUCGACACCUAUCACCAUUACCUCUCCAUACCUCUCCAUGCCCUGCCACUUCCCCUUCUCUCCUUCUCCCUCUGAACAUCGAUCAGAUUCCUUGUCAUCCUCGUCUCACUCUACAUCUCUACUUGUGGCGCCUCUGGUACCAGACCAUACUCCCCCGGGUUCCAGUAUCCCCACCCCUCUAUGUCCCUCUGGCCCUGUGCCCGACGGCCCAACAAGGACUCUGAGGCGGUCACUGUUUCAAAUCCAGCCCCAGGCAAUAUGGAGGCCCUGGCCCUGAUAUCCAAUGGAGGGUAAGUGAAAUCCAUCAGGACACAUAAAGGUCUCCACAAUCUGUGUUCUGAGAGCAUCUGGCCAUCCAGAUCAUCACCGGACGCGUUCAGGACAACAUUCAUCUUUCCUAUUAAGCAGCGCGUGGUGA